UAGAUACACACAUGUGUAGCCCCCAAUAGGCAACAAGUCUAUAUAAGCAUGAGUAUUGUAGAGAGAGAAAAAAGGCGUAGUUAGAGAGAGAGAGAGACUGUGGUGUGUCGGUGGUUUUUAUUUUUCGUUAGUAUUUUUCACUCACAAAAACCGCUUUUGAGGAAUAAAAACUAACCUGGCCGCUUCGCAUAUGACAGCAACCUCAGUUUCUCGCUUCUCUAGCCGCAUAAUUCUCUCGCUUUCUUGAUGCCUCUCUAGAGAGAGAGAGAGAUUAAUUCUGUUGGGAGGGGUUUUUUCAAGUUCACAGAGAGGAUGGAAGGCGGCGGCGCUUCUGCGGGCGGCGGAGCCGCGAGGGUCUCGAGCCGGCGUCGGAGCGAGAAGCCGUACAAGGGCAUCAGGAUGCGCAAGUGGGGCAAGUGGGUGGCGGAGAUAAGGGAGCCGAACAAGCGAUCUAGAAUCUGGUUGGGGUCCUACUCCACCGCCAUCGCGGCGGCGCGGGCCUACGACACCGCCGUCUACUACCUCCGGGGCCCCACGGCCAAGCUCAACUUCCCCGACCAAAUCGCCGCGGCGGGGGGAGGGCUCAAGGACCUCUCCGCCGCCUCGAUAAGGAAGAAGGCGGCGGAGGUCGGCGCCAGGGUGGACGCCCUCCAGUCCAACGGCUUUGCCGCGGCGGCCAAUCAUCACUCGCCGACGAAACCAUCUUGGUUUCAGGAAGAGAUCGAUCUCAACAAGCGGCCCGAGCCCGAACCGGAGCCCGACCAGCCUGAAGACUCGGGCCUUGACUAUAGCUCAUGAUAUUAUUAUUUUUUUCACUACAAAUAACUUUUUUACUUUUUUUUUUUUAGUAUUAGUGUUUUAGUGUUUCCUCGUUGAGGGGUGUGAUGAUAACAUGCACCUCGUAGUUUGCAGCAGGCAGUUAGAUUUAUUUUUUGAAAUUUUUGUAUAUUAUUGGUAGAUUUUAUUUUUUAUGCUCUUCUCUAUGUGGUUCUUUGCCAUUUUGCUCUUGUUGGAUAGAAACAGUUUUGGCGUUUUACCUGUGUAAAAGAAAAAUUAAUGUAAAUAUCUUAGCUACUUGCAGCAUA